AUGCUUCGUCGAAAAAGGGCACUUAAAAUAUUAGCUAUGAUCCCACCAGAGGAUAGCGGUGAAAGUUGCGAUGAAGAAAAUAUUAUUCAAAGAGAAGAAUCACCACUACCUUCAGAAGCUAUCGAGGAAGAUUUAGAUGAACUUCUAAAAGAAUUGGAGCAAUAUCCACUUCAUGAGUUUUUAGAAGAGAUAGACAAUACAGUUGAUGGGUUACAAAAUAAUGUUUUUGAACAACUAGAAUACAUCUGGUUCAAAUGUAACACCAAUAAGAAAAUCUAA